AUGCUGAGCCCUGAGAAGAAUCAGAGUGGCACAGUCACAUUCAUCCUCUUAGGUUUCUCUGAUAACCCAGAGCUCCAGGUCCCACUCUUCCUGAUAUUCCUUGCCAUUUAUAUUGUGACUGUGGUGGGGAAUCUGGGGAUGAUUAUCAUCAUCAAGAUCACCUCCAAACUCCACACACCCAUGUACUUUUUCCUCAGCCAUUUGUCCUUUGUGGAUUUCUGUUAUUCUACGGUUGUUACACCCAAGCUGCUGGAGAACCUGGCUGUGGCAGACAGAACAAUAUCCUUUAAGGGUUGUAUCACCCAAUUCUUUUUUGCUUGCACCUUUGUGGUGACAGAGACAUUCAUGUUGGCAGUGAUGGCCUAUGACCGGGUUGUGGCCAUUUCUAAUCCCUUGAUGUAUACAGUGGCCAUGUCCCAGACACUUUGCACACUACUGGUGAUUGGGGCCUAUGCAUGGGGCAUUAUCUCUUCCCUUGUUGUCAUGUCCUCCCUCCUUUCAUUAUCUUUUUGUCAGUUUAGCAUCCUGGAUAACUUUCUCUGUGAAUAUUCUGUCAUCCUCUCUGCUUCCUGCUCUGAUACUUAUAUGAGUGAAAUGAUUCUUUUCACCUUUGCUACUUUCAAUGAGGUGAGCACACUUGUGAUUGUCCUUACCUCCUACCUUUUUAUUUUGACUACUGUCCUGCAGAUGGAUUCAGCCAGUGGGAGACGUAAAGCCUUCUCCACAUGUGCCUCACAUUUCAUGGCCAUCACUAUCUACCAUGGGACAAUUCUCUUCCUCUAUUGUGUGCCCAGGAAUCAAAACCUCAAGGAGGAGGUCAAAGUGGCUUCUGUCUUUUAUACAGUGAUAAUUCCUAUGCUGAACCCCCUGAUCUAUAGUCUGAGAAACAAAGAUGUGAAAGAAGCAGUCAACAAUUUAAAGGUCACCAAAAUCUUACCUCAAUUAAUUCAUUCUCAUUAA